CUUUCUUUUAGCUACUAAGUUUCUGUGAUUAAUCUACUUUUACUUUGUUGUUUCUGACUUUCUGUGUGUAUAUAUAUGUGUGGCCCUUGCCUUGGUACCAACCAAACACAAGGACAGAGUCCAGUAUUGCACACACAUCAUUUCUUGCUACGCUGUUCAAAACCAGUCAAUGUAGAAGGAGAAUGCCUGUCCUCUUCUCACUUAUUUUAUUCCCACGUUCUAGCUUGCUUAUGCUUAUUCCCCUCCCCACUCCUUAUCAUUGUUGCCCUCCUCCCCACUUCAUCCUCCCCCUUUCCUCCUCCUACCUGCACAUACUAUUCUGAUGAUCGGAUCCAGUCAUGCAUGGCAGAUCAGUAGAGAGAGACUGACGGUAGAAUACAAGAUGGUAGCUCGAGAAGAGCAAGUGAUGAGGGAGGUGGUGAAGGAUAAGGAAGUAGUACCUGUCGAGGUUCUUGAGGAUGAUGAGGAGAGAUCGAUGGAUAACAAGGCUUUGGACCUCAACGAGGGUGUCGAUGCUGAGAGCGAGGAAGGGGAAGUCGGCAGCGACGAGGAGGAAGAUGACGGCGACGAUGAUGAUGGGGGUAGCACCACUGAUGUUUCUGGGAGUAGGAUCUCGAGCAACAACAACUGCACCAACAACAAUUCGGAGAGCAGGAAGGGCGGUGCCAACGGGUGCAGCAAGUCGGAGGGGAGUGGAGGCGAGCAGAGGGUGCCGUCGGUGCGGCAGUACAACCGGUCGAAGCUGCCUCGGCUCCGGUGGACGCCUGGCCUCCACAUGGCUUUCGUCCACGCUGUCGAGAGGCUCGGUGGGCAAGAAAGAGCAACCCCUAAGCUGGUGCUUCAGAUGAUGAAUGUCAGAGGACUCAGCAUUGCUCAUGUAAAAAGCCACUUGCAGAUGUACAGAAGCAAGAAGCUCGACCAGGAUGGUCGCCAGAGAGGAGCAAUUUCCUCAGUGUAUUCCCCAAUGAACUUCCAUUUCAUGAGAGGCGAUCGGCGCUUCCACGACAUGUCGUUCCUCCGAAGAGCCGCCGCGCUCUCCUCCUCCAGGCCGGAGCACGGCGGCUUCUUCGCGUCGAGGAACGGCAGCGGCCCGGAGGUCAGCCGGCUCUAUGGGCUUCUCCAGCACCGGCCGGCUCCAACGCAAACUUUUGACUUCAGAAACUCCAUUUUCAGGCAUCACGAGUGGGCGUUGAACCAGUGCGAGGUGAUGAUCUCCAGGAAGGACGUCAAGCCGCCGUCGACUGGGCCGCAGCAACACCCGCUUGCAUCUUCCGCGGCGAUGCGGAGCGAGAGGCGUUGGUGGCCUUUCACUGACGAGGGCGCGGCCGUUGCCGCCGGAGAGCACAGGGUGGAGACAGGAGGAAGGGAUGUAAACUUCGGCAAUUCCAUCGGGAGCAGCUCUCGGCCUCUCCCGUGGGCCAUGUCGCCGGUCGUGUCCGGCGAUCGCCGUCUUCCGUUCAGAUGGCGGCCCGGAAGCGGCAGCAGCGUCGUCAGCCACCCGACCAGCAACAGAGCCAUUAUCACAAGAUUAUCGGAUCCCGUCGGGAUCGACGUAGUAGCCCUAGAUGCCCAGCAGCUCGAGCGGCAGAAGCACGCAGGACAAAGGGCUUCCACCACGCCGGCCGACGAUGCGUGCCGCAAGCGGCCGCCAGAGGCACAGGACUCGACGCCAGACUUGCAGCUCAGCUUGUCCCCCACCACGGUGGUUGAGGCCAAGAAGAGAAAGACCACUGCACCGAGCGAGCAGGAGAUCAUGGACAGCAGCGAGCUCUCUAUCUCACUCUCGCUGUCGCCACCCGCUGCAGCUUCCAUGCAUCAGCAGCAAGAAAAGACAAAAGGAAGCAGCAGCAGCGGCGAAGCCGUUCUGGGGCAGAGUACUUUGGAUCUGACCAUGUCGAUCAGGGCAUUGGAGUGAGAUCUUUCGAGUACUUUGUCCCAAUGCGUUUAUAAAAUUGCACACUGCACCAUGCAUGAGAUUAAUAAACAUUAUUGAUUUAACCCUGCUUGUCUCCACCAGUACAUAGUUGUAUCAUAUGUGCAUGUCAUGCUUGGUUAUGGUUUCUAGCUAGGGAGACUGCCUCUCUAUAUAUGGCCCAUGUGUAUAUGCAUGGCCACAUGACCGAUCUCCAGCUUUGUUCUUUUGUGACAACAUAUUUGAGAAACAACCAGCAAGAUUGGAAGACGUAUCCACAGCACUUCAAAUCGGGAUAGUAAAGUUGUUAUUGCACAUUUGAAUGUUAGAAGAUGCAUGGCCAUGUGGAUCACAUAUCUUCUGACAAGAUGAUAUAUAGACAUUCACCUCCUUCGUUUUUGUGGAUUUUGAUUUUU